UUUGGUUUGUCACAAACUAAAAAGCGAAAAGCGUCGAACAAAUUGCGGUCAUUAAACUUUUUGCCAUGCCAACUGAAAUAAAGUGUCGCCUCCGUGUGGGCUGCCUGCCACUACAGCGCCACAGAGCAACGCGUGCGGAUCAGUGGAUUAUCAUCAUGGACUGCCUGCACUUGCAACUCACAGUGGCAACUUGCUGUCUCCUCGUCCUGGCCUUCGCAAAAGUGCCAACACAGCCGCAGCAGACAAACACCUGGCGGGAUCUAUUCUUUGGCAGCAAGUGGCUGUCGCCCGGUCCACGCUUCCGUGAGUCCAAGUUUUUGCCCAUAUUUGCUCUGGUGCCCAUUGGACCCGGCAGCUGCUCGGCGCCCUCUGGGGAGCAGGGCAAUUGUAUUCCCAGCAAGGAUUGUAUACUCAGGAAUGGCAUACCAGCGGGUCCCUGUGGCGGCGGCUAUGGCGUCUGUUGCAUAUUUCUUCAGACCUGUGGCGGCGUGAUACGCGAGAACUCUACGUACUUUGUGAAUCCCAAUCAUCCGGAUGUCUAUGAUGGCACUGGCAGCUGUCAGGUGACGGUGCAGAAACUUCAUCCGGACAUCUGUCAGCUGCGCUUGGAUCUGGAUAUGUUUUCCAUAGCGCCGCCCGAGGCCGCCAAUCAUUUGUGCAAUCAAGAUCAGCUGCUUAUAUCGGGCGGAAGUCCAACGCCCACCAUUUGUGGCAGCUCAACGGGCGAUCACAUGUACAUUGAUGCGGGUCUGGGCCAAAGCAAUCCGAUUGUCUUAUCUGUGAUCACCAGCGGAAGCUUUCCGCGCCUGUGGCGCAUCCGCGUCACGCAAAUCCACUGCGGCAGCAUCAGUCGAGCGGAUCAGGGCUGUCUGCAGUAUUACACGGCCAUUAGCGGGCGCGUGCGGAGCUUCAACUACAACACGGUGGGUGGCAGGCAGCUCUCCAACCAGGACUACAGCAUCUGCAUUCGCAAUGAGCGCAACUUUUGCGGCAUUCAGUACAACACCUGCCCGGAUCUGGAGAACAAUCGGUCGAGGGCCUUCACGCUGUCGGGCAACUCCAAUAAUCCUGUGCCCACCAUGGUGGGUGGCGGCGGUGCCAAUGGUUGUGUCAGCGAUUGGUUGUUAAUUGGCUGCAUUCGCUCGGCGGAUCGCAUUCCACCGCUGCCGGGCUGCGAGGAUCGGGUGUGUGGGGGCACCUUCAGCGCCGAGGCUGGCAUGUUGGCCAAGACAGUGCAAUCCAGCGUUCGUCCUUUCCGGCUGUACUUCCACACGGAUGGCGUUGAGGCACCGAAUGACAUAGAUAAUCGUGGAUUUUGCCUGGACUACGUUCAGCAGCCUUGUACAAAUGGUUUUUAGUCGUCGC